GGUGRGAUGGGUUCUUUAGUCGAUGGAGUCAGGGGGGAAACUCUCCAAUUCUACUGCUACCAAUUCUAAUGCUACCAACAGAUUUGCAGUGAAUCCAAUGAAUAUUUAACCUAUUAACCAAUCAACGAAUAGAGUUUAUAGAAGAAUGACAAAAAUCAGUAACACAUCAACGGCCGUCAAUGCUACAAUCGACACCUUUGCACUCACUAACACCGAGAUCAUCAUCUGGUCUGCUUUUGUCCUUUUUCUUGAUUUUCUGAUCAUAGUUGUGAAUCUAGCUACGAUUGUCACGUUUGUCAUCAACAAACAUCUUCGUCGUCGUAGUGUGUACUGCCUCAUUAACUUAGCUGUGGCUGAUAUGUUGUUUGGUGUCUGUAGUAUAACACACGACGUUAUUUAUUCCCUAUUUGAUGAAUUUGCUCGGGUAGGGUAUUAUCUACUUUUAAUUUUGAUUUUUUCUUCUCUGUUCUCCUUGGUUCUUGUUUCUCUUGACCGAGUCUACGCAACCUUCUUUCCCUUUCAACAUCGUACAACACGACUCAGGAUGUAUAUUGGAGUGUUCACCAUCACGUGGCUCUUGCCCUCUCCGUUCGUUUUAAUCCAUUACUAUGAGGACCAAGAUGAUAUUCUCAUCACCACUAUUGUACUACUAAUCUCACUGCUGAUCAUCUGUGCAUCAUAUUCAGCAAUCUUUAUCAAAGUCAAGAUUCAAGCGAAACGACAUCAGCCAAAUAGACAACAAACAGCUGCCAUACAAAUCAGACAAAAACGUGAACAACAUCUUGCCAUGACACUCUUUAUUGUUUGUGUAUUGUCUUUAAUAACAUGGCUGCCAUAUUUAUCUAUCUUGAUCAGGAUAUCCUUGUUUGGAUAUGAUCACGAUAGUUUGUACAGGAUUUUUAAAACAACGACUUUAAUUCAAAAUCUCAACUCACUAAUCAAUCCAAUAAUCUAUGUGUUCAGAAUGAGAGACUUUAGGAAAGCCUUGUCACGACUGAUAAUCAGCUGUUCACGUGACCAUCAACAUCUUAUCGGUCGCCAUGGUAACCGUGACUGACAACAAGUUGAAAAUGACGAACAUGAAUUGAAACAACAAUGAUGAUGACGAUGACAAUGUCGAUGGCCACGAUUAUGAGAAUGAGAAUGAGAAUGAG